AUGGCUAAUAAAACUUAUGGAGACAUCAGAGGAAUUGGGAAAAUCAAAAUUCAGAAUCCAGAUGGUUCUGAGGUGAUACUCAGGGAUGUUAGAGAGAUCAGGUUGCAGAAUGAAGAGAACAAUUCUGGAGUUGAGAAAGAAACCAGACAGGAAAAGUCAAAGCAUGUGACUUUUGGUCAGAAUCUGGUUCAGGAAGCAACUCCUAAUGGUUUUGAGAAAGAUGAUUCAUCAGCUCAAGGUGGAGAUUCUAAGGAAAUUGAAUCUAAAGAGAGCAAUGAAGAAUAUGGGAUAAAAGAGCUUCAGGUGGAGGGCCUGGAAAAAGUUUAUGAUAUUUGGAACGGGGAUCUUCAGAGAUAG